GGGGUACAUCAAAUGUGUAUCCCAUUUGUCUCCCACCCCCUCCUUGUCCAUAAAAAAAAGUAAAAAAUUCAAAAAAAAAUGAAUAAAUAAAAAUAAAAUAAAAAUGGGUUGUGGAGAAGGGGGUGGUGUACAUUUGGGGUACACCUUUGGUGUACCCCUAGCAUUACUCGUGGAGUCUUUCAUUCACAUCUUGAUACCACCCCCCCCCCCCCCCCUCAAUCAAAAUGCAAGGUGAUAACCUUGUUCCGAGCAAGGUGUAUGAUUUGCUUAGGGUGAAGGCCAACCCCAAGCCUUGGAUGGCUUUUAUUUGGCACUCGACUAUUCCUCCUAAAUGCUCCUUUACGAUGUGGCUAGUAUUUAGGAGGAGGCUGCCCACUAAAUCAAAUUUGGAAUUUCUGGGCCUGCCUAUGGAGUGUACCCUCUGUGGGGAUACCCUUGAGGACAUUGAUCAUUUGUUUUUUGGGUGUGUAAUCUCAAAGCAGGUUUGGGAGGCCAUUAAGCAGUGGUUACGGAUUGAUGGGCACCUGAGCACUCUUGAUAGAGCUGUUCGUUGGAUGAAGACCUUUCGAAGAGGUGAUGCUGUUCUUAAGAAGGCUAGGAGGAUUGGCCUGGCAUGUACUGUUUUCCAGAUUUGGAAACAACGUAAUGCUACCCUUUUCGAUCAAGAACCUAUUCAUGUUGAGGGUAUGAUUUUUAAAAUCAAAGUGAUGGUCUAUUCCAUUUUGGGGAGACUCUGGCAUACGUAUUCCCUCCCCUUUUGAUGCCUACUUUCUAGAAUAGUAAAUUAAGACACCCAUU